AAGUCAAUCAGAUUAUGACGAAACUAAUAAUUUGAGGGGAAAAAAAGUGUUCAAUAGUUGUCUCUUUAUCAAAUUUUACAGAAUCUUAAAGUGAGGACGAAUCAAUCUCAUCAGAAAAUUGAAUGGCGGGAGCUGCCGUACUGCCAAUAUCAUCACUAUAUUCCUUCAGAUUAUACUCAAUAACUUCAUCUUCUCUUUCUCCAAUUUCUCACUCCUUAUCUCUCCCUUCACUAAACCCCAGAUUCACCAUUUGCCAUGCCAAGUUUGAUGGAUCGAUUGGAGAAGCAGCUGAAAGGAUGUACCGAAUGAAUUUUGAAGAUGGUGAAUUAUUGGAGGAAGAUGAUGAUGAAGAGAGCGAUGAGGAAGAGGAGACAGAGAGCAGUAUUGAUUUACUAGUUAGAUUUGUGCAGAGUAUGUUCAAAAAAGUGUCUAAGCGUGCUAAGAAAGCUACUCGUUCUAUACUACCGGACGUCAUUUCUCCACAGCUUGUAACUUUUGCAGUUGAUGGCGUUCUAAUUUUGGCUUUACUCUCCAUCUUGAAGGCAUUUCUUGAGGUGAUCUGCUCACUUGGUGGUGCUGUCUUUGUAGCAAUUCUGUUUUUACGUGUGCUCUGGUCAGCUGUUUCCUACUUUCAGUCUACUGGUUCAGAUUUCAACAGUGGUGGGAGUUCAUAUGGCAGAACACAACCCACUGCUUGAUUGAGCCUAGUCACAUCUGGUUAAUCAUUAAUUCCUUAAAAAACAAAAGAUGUUAUUAGCAUUAGAAUGUUCUGUAAGUAAUAGUGACUAAAUUUAGCAAUGUGAAUUUUACAUGUUUGAAGAUCUCAGCAGAUUUUAUAGGGAGUAGAGUGUUUAUAAGUUUCUUCUUGACUU